CACAAUAGUGCGGCAUGUCGGCGGAGAAGGCUGAUUACACGAGCGUGCCCCUCGCUGAGAAACAUGAAGAGCCGCAGGAAAGCAAACCGCCGUCCGGUUUCGGCGUGCGGCACCUACAGGCGCUGCUGCUCUUCAUCAGCCUGUCCAUUGGGUUCUCGAUGCGCGCACAUCUCAGUGUUACCCUGGUUGCCAUGACGGCUCCCGGCGCUUGCAACACCACCUGUGCCCAUCUCGGACAUAAACCUAACCUUACUAACUUAAGCUUAGUCGAUAUAAGUUCUACUUUGAACACGGAGUUUGUAGAGGAGAGUCACGCAGAGAACUGUGUAGAGGAGGGACAGUCUAGAUGGAAUAUUUAUCGCACGUACAGAUGGUCGAAACCGAAGCAGGAGAUGAUCCUGUUCGCGUUCUUCGUGGGCUACACGAGCAUGAUGCUGCCGAUGGGCCUGAUCGCGCAGAAAUUCGGCGGCAAGCUGCCCAUCUGCGCUGCGCUGCUCGUCAACGGCCUGCUCUCUGUGCUCACGCCUUGGAUGCCUCUUCUUGGAGGUUGGGUUUUGGUGUGCGCGGGUCGGCUGCUGCAGGGAAUGGCACAGGCCGCCUUCUUCCCCAGCGUGCACACGCUGCUCGGCAAGUGGGCGCCGCUAUCCGAGAGGGGGCGCCUCAGCACUUACAUAUAUACAGGCUCGCAGUUCGGCACGGUGCUGGCGUUCCAGGUGGCGGGCGCAUUCGCGGGCAGCGCGACGCUGGGCUGGCCGUGGUCGUUCUGGAGCUGCGGCGUGGCCAGCCUGGUGUGCUGCGCGCUCAUGUACCGUCUCGGUGCCGCCUCGCCCGCAGACCACCCCUCCAUCUCCACCCACGAGCUUGCAUACAUCACUAAAGAUUGCAACGCAGACUCCGGGGUUAAGAAGCGGCGCACACCAUGGAAGCACAUCCUGACGUCAAAAGCGGUGUGGGGACUGGUGGCGACGCACACGGGCAGUGCCCUCGGGUACCUACUCGUCCUCACCCAGAUUCCCAUGUACAUGAACAAGGUUCUCGGCGUCGACAUCAAGAGGAACGGCGUGUAUUCCUCGCUGCCUUAUAUCUCUAUGUACCUCAUAACGCUGUUGUUCGGUUACGUGUCGGACCUCGUCGCCAACAAGAAACUCAUGUCAAUAGUUAACAUCAGGAGAACGGCUAAUUCGAUCGGCAUGGCGCUCUCGGGCCUGUUUCUGGUGGGCUUCAGCUUCGUGGAGGAUACGUUGCUGGCCGUCGUCGCUAUGGUGAUCUGCCUCGGACUGCACUCCGGCGUUCAUGUCGGCUUCCACAUAAACCACAUAGACUUGGCGCCGAACUUUGCCGGUCCGAUGAUGGCGAUGAGCAACAUGAUCGCCAAUCUGUCCGGCCUCGCCGUGCCCGUUCUCGUCUCCCACAUUGUUGGCGACGAUGUGACAAAUCAAAAGAAAUGGCAAAUUCUGUUCAUCCUGUUUGCGGCGCUACAGAUCGUCUCUAAUCUAAUAUUCGUAAUUUUCGCAAAGGGCACAGUUCAGGAAUGGAACUUUUACGGCGAAGAAGAUGAAGACGUGAUGAAAAGGGAACGUGAUGCAAUGGUCGAACUCAAAAGUAUGUUAGCGAAGAGAAAGGAAUCACAGAAAUCUGAUAAAGAACAGUAAACCGACGCCGCCGCCGCCGCCGCCGCCGCCACCGCCACCGAUACCUACAGCGAGCCAUAACAAGAUAAACGAGUGCCGGCGACUGCUCCGCCAUGCGAUAUGAUACGAUGCUGUCUAAAGUUCAUUAAAUAGAAUCUCAGUGUGUUACGCUCGCAGGCAUAACGACCACAAAAGGAAACUCUCGCAAAAUACGUGUUUCCAAAACAUUAUGUUUUUAAGAAUUUUAAAUAAAGUUAGAAAGAA